GGUUUAGAAUGGUGUUGACCGUUUUUGGUUAUAGUGCCGGAACGUGUCCUGUCAAGUAAACGUAUUGUACGAUCUAUCGUUAAUUUGAUCACAAACACCUCAAAAUGUCUGAAAUUUCCAUGUCAGAGUCACCGCACUUACAACAAAUUGAUCUGACGACUUUAAACCUUCAACAACUCACGGUUUUAAAGCAGCAACUGGAUCAGGAACUUGGUGUCUUUCAAGACUCGUUGCAAACUUUAAAAAUCGCUCAAAGUAAAUUUCAAGAAUCAGGAUCGUGUCUUGAAAAGAUUUCCCCGUCUGUAAAGGAUAAUGAGAUACUUGUACCAUUAACUGGAUCGAUGUACGUUGCUGGAAAGCUUGCAGACACAACUAAUGUGUUAGUUGAUAUCGGAACUGGCUAUUAUGCUCAGAAGAGUAUUGCAGAUGCUAAAGAUUACUUCGAUAGGAGAGUAGCCUAUGUUACAGAACAGAUGGAGAAAAUUCAACAAUUAGGUCUCGACAAAAGUAAAGUCAGAGACGCGACUGUGGAUGUUAUAGAAAUGAAACUCCAAAGUCAAACGCAGAAGCUGAAAGAAGCUGUGGAUCAUGCAUAAAAUACAAAGCUUUGCUUACUUAACUGAUUUACUGUCACUCAUUCUUUGUUUUCAUUGAUUCGCAUUUAUAUCAUCAUUGAAUUGCAUCACUUUGUAUUUCGUUGUUAAACGUUAAUAAUAAUUACGUUGCAUGUUACAUCAAAAUUAAUAAAAUUUAAUAAUAGAUGCAGAAUGUAUUUUGUGAUAUUCUCUGUUUCGCAGUGUGUAAGGAAAUAUCACUUAUUUACAUAUUGAUACAAUAGUUUAUUUUGUACAGAAAUGUAAAUCUAAAUAAAUUAUAAAAGAAGUUUA